AUGUCGAAUAAGCCUAGCAGUUAUAUAAGUGAUCACAAUCAUGGGUUUAUCACAGAAAAAAUGUACAUGGUUUUACAGUUGUUUCUAACGAAUAAAUGCCAGCCUUCAAUAGAACUGGUGAAUCUUUUGUCGUCUGACAAUUUCAACAUAAAUUAUCUUCAAGUACUGGCAACGAAAAUCAGUUUAGAUCAACAAGGCAGACUGAUUCAUCGUGAAACUGGUAAAAUUAUUCUUCCAUACGAACACUUUGCAAAUGCUGUAAUUUUAAAGCACAUGGCUGGACCUGGUGGAAUGCAUUUGUCAAUUGAUUCAACAAUUAAGUCAGUUUUCGAGUCGUAUUCAUGUGGAAAAGAUAAUUUUGGAUUUGAUCGUGAUUUCAUCAUUGAAGUGGUGAAUUCUUGUCCAUCUCAAACCUGUCGUUAUUUUAAAGGACAAUCUGUUCCAUUUGAACAAGGACCACCCCCACCACCACAACCCCAUCAAAACUUUCCACCGCCCCAAAUGAGUAUGAAUAUGGAUUACAUGUCGUCAACAAGGCAAAGUCCUUUAUUAAUGCAACCACCAGCUGUCAACAUGAAUGACCCAACAAAGCUCAACAGAUCAAUGAAUAAUCAACAUUUGGCUCAACAAAUGAUGCAGAACCGUGCCAUGAGUCAAUCGAUGGAAAAUCUUGAGAAACAAAGAGUUAUGCAGCAGUUGGAUAAGAAACAUUUCGAAACUGUUGCUGCAAUUGUUCAAGCAAACAACAGUUUAGGUUUGCCAAGUCAACCAAUUGUUCCCGCGAAUAAUUUGAUGUCACAAGUUCACCAUAACAAGUCAGUGGAUUAUUCAAGACGACCGUCUUAUGAUGGAAUUGAAACUUAUUCAGCUGCCAGUUAUGCGACAUCAAACAAGGAAUUGCUGCAUAAUAAUUGGGCGCCAUCACCGAUCCCACAAAUCAACUUCGAACGUGACGGAGUCGUUGCUGGGCAAGAGAAAAUCGUUCGAGCUUUUGCUGAAUUAAUGAAAAACAUGGCAAGAAUGAAAGCUUUUAUUCGACCAUCAAUGGUGAAACCUUAUGGAAAGCAAUCGGAAAAUUUGCAAAAAGCUUUGAUUGACAGCAUUCAACUGGUUCAGACUUUGCGAAAUUUCCUUCCAAAGCCACACAUCAGUAUCAGUAAUUGGAAGAAUGUUGAGUCGGAAGUGUCGAUUCAGUAAGCGAUAAUUUUCUCUACACUUAAUUAACUUUAUACAAAUCUUUCUAUCUUUCUCUCUCUCGCCAUAUGCGCAAUUAUCGAAUCUCAUUUGAGUUCUAGUCGUUGAUUUUAUAUUCUUAAGAAAAUUAUCAUGUUUAGGCAAUAACGUGAAAAAAAGUGCGUGAAUUUUCGCGAUAAAUCGAUUGGCAAUUAAUUAAAAUGCUGUGAUAAAUUUCGUGCUUAUAAAGAAUUUUUGUUUUUUGUAAGUUCUUGUUUUUCUUUUUAAAGAAAUGGAGAAAGUUCACAUUCGCGUUGAAAAUAAAAAUUUCAUUUGUUCCUUUUAAUUUUAGUUCCUUAAAUAAAUUUCGUUUGAGAAAUUUCAAUGAAAUGAUGUUGUGAAGAAACUUAUUUACUGCUCUUAUUUAAGACUAUCAAAAGUCUCGCCAUAAAUAUUAAUCUAAGCUUUAAUUAUUUAGAAACUCAAUGUCAUGUAUAAUUUGCUUAGAAUUAUUCAAUUGUUGUUACAACUUAAGUCGCACAAGGAAAAAGAAAUACGUAAUGAACCUCAAAAGUGUUCCUUUAAGUUGUUUCAUUUCUUUUAUUCAUUCAUCACAUUUAAAACGAUUUUAAUGCUCAAGAAG